AUGUCUGAAGAAAACAACCAGCCUAAACAGACUCUACAUAUCACUCUGAAGGUCAAAAGCCAGAAUGGGAAUGAAGUGUUCUUCAGAAUUAAACGUACCACUCAGCUCAAGAAGCUCAUGGACGCAUACUGUAAACGCGAAGCUGUGGGUUUUAGUACCGUUGUAUUCUUGUUUGAUGGCUAUCGCCUCAGACAAGAUGAAACUCCAGAAGAGCUUAUGAUGGCGAAUGAAGAUGAGAUCGAUGCAAUGCUUCAUCAAACUGGAGGUGGGGCUGUUGGCGGUUGCUGA